AUUAAUACGAGUCGUGUAUGUGACAACUAAUAUAUUAAGACCUAAGUGCUUUUCGCGCAGGUACUGAUUUUUAUUCCCAACGCAGAGAUGGCUAUCGCGUUCAAAGUCGGCAUUAUUGGAGGUACUGGUUUAGAUGAUCCGAAGUUUUUUAACAGACAUAAGGAAAAGAAAGUUUCCACUCCUUAUGGAGAGCCUUCUGAUGUUCUGGAAGUAGGUACCAUUGCAGGUGUCGAUUGUGUGUUACUUUCUAGACAUGGGCGAUCUCAUUCCAUACAACCAACUAAUAUAAACUUUAGGGCCAAUAUAUGGGCUUUAAAGGAGGAAGGUUGCACGCAUAUUUUGGCCUCUACAGCCUGUGGAUCUCUAAGACAGGAAAUUGAACCCGGACACUUUGUCUUUAUUGAUCAGGCCAUCGAUCGGACGACUAAGAGAGUACAAACGUUCUAUGACGGAGUGGUUGGUCAUCCGCCUGGAAUUUGCCAUCUUCCUCUCGCAAAUCCCUUUAAUGAAAAACUGCGAGACGCCUUAAAAGAGAGCGCCGCACGCUUGGGUAUUCCCCACCACACCGGGGGGACUGUGAUCACUAUUGAGGGUCCGCGGUUCAGCACCAGGGCUGAAAGCCUUAUGUAUCGCUCGUGGGGAGGGGACGUUAUCAACAUGACAACGUUUCCCGAAGUGGUUCUGGCUAACGAGGCUGGUUUACUCUACGCAUCGGUUGCCUUAGCUACAGAUUACGACUGCUGGCGUAGUGAAGGGGAACAUGUGUCGGUGGAAUUGGUCUUGGAAACGCUACGCAAGAACUCGGAAAACUGCAAACGACUGAUUUUAGACGUCAUUCCUCGAUUGGCGGCCAUCGAUUGGUCCCAUGACAUCAAGUGCGCUAAAUAUACUUGCAACUCUUCUGUAAUGCUCCCGUUCAUAAAAGAAUAAAAAUUAUACCUAAGUAAA